UAUCCCCUCUCAAAAAUCAAAUUAUCUUACUUCUCAUUCAUUCUUGUGUCUCAUUCUUUCACAUAUAUAUAUAUAUAUUGUUUUUUCAAAAUAAUCGAGAAAUUUCUAAAGGUCAGUAACACACGAAAUCGAAAUUAUUUUUGAAUUUUGAAGGGUCAUUGAAGAAUUCUCAAAUGGUUUAUUAUGGCAUCUUCUUCUCUUUCAUGUUGUUUAUGUACUAGCCUUUAUUGUCAACCUUUUCUCCUUUCUCUUUCUAUCCUCAUUUCCUCCACCAAUCACACUUCUCUAUUGAAAUUCUUAUAAACUUUUCGAAUUCCAAAGAAUAUAUGUGAGUCAUUUUGCGACAAGAGACAUAUCAAUUUUAAAUUAUAAAGUUUGCGAGAUUGGGGAGCAUAUUUGACUCACCAAUCACGCUUAUCUAUUGCAAUUCUCAUAAAUUUUGCAAGUUUGAGAGGUACUUUUAUAAGGAGGAUAUACCACUUCAAAAUCACAAAGUUGAGGGUAAAUCGAAUCGUCUUCUUUUGAUAAUAAUUCAUUCAUUUUUUUUUGAAAGAACCAAAAAAGAUGGCAGUUCAAGCUCAAUACCCAUCAAAUGUUCUAUUUCUAAAUAGAAGUGUACAAGAAGGAAAGAGCCAAAUUGGUAACAAUUAUUCAUCAUUACUACAAUUACAAACUCAACAACAACAACAACAACAAAGUGGAGUUUUUGGUGAAGAAUCAUUUCUUAAUCCUACUCAAAUGUUCAAUCCAAGAGUUGAGGCGAAUUCGCGGAAAAGAGGAAGAGAACAUACCUUAGCAACAGAGAAUCCAUUAAUGUCGAUCGAAUCUCAACAUCAACUUAUCAAUCUUGCUCAAUUUCACAAUAACAAUUCAUCGCAGAUAAAUAUUGUAUCUACUGGGCUUCAAUUAGCUUUCGGAGAUCAAUUGCAUCAACAACAACAUUCUGUUUCUCAUCUAUCUCUGCAUCAUCAAUCAUCAAACGAUUUUCUCGCCUCUCAUAGCAAACAACAACAUCAUGAAAUUGAUCAUUUCCUCCAACUCCAGGGAGAACAAUUGAGGCGUACGUUAGAGGAGAAAAGGAAGCGUCACUAUCAUGCGCUGAUCGGAGCAAUGGAGGAAUCAGCGGCGAGGAGGCUGAAAGAGAAGGAGACGGAGGUGGAGAAAGCAGGGAGGCGGAAUACUGAGCUGGAAGCGCGUGCGUCGCAGCUGACCGCUGAGGCGCGUGCGUGGCAAGUAAAGGCUUGGGAACAGGAAGUGACGGCGGCGACGCUGCAAGCUCAGCUACAGCAGGCGAUGGUGAACGGCGGUGGAAUGAGUACGGUGGAGGGAGACGGCGGCGGCGGAGAGGCGGAGGAUGCUGAGUCGGUUUACGUUGAUCCGGACCGGGUUGUUGAGUCGACCGGCCGGCCGAGUUGCAAGGGUUGUAGAAAACGGUUCGCUUCAGUUGUGCUAUUGCCUUGUAGGCAUUUGUGUCUUUGUAUAGAAUGUGAUGUUGUGGCCCAAUCUUGCCCAUUGUGUAGAUCCAUUAGAACCUCAAGUGUUGAGGUUUUUCUUUGUUAGUGGCCCAAAUAGAAAGCCCAAUUCUAGGCCCAACUCCUCAUCUCGACUCGUGGCAUCUUCAUCACCGAGUAAAAUCCUCGUCAUUAUCAUUCGUAAGAUGAAAGAAUCUCAAUCAUGUUGGGUCGUUGAACUUUAUCAUGUAAAAAAAGAUAUUUGAUUCGUGAAUCAAAACUCAUCUCCAUAAUAAGUUCCUCAAGUUGAUCA